AUGGACGAGACACAGCCACCCAAGGCCGACUCCCAGUCCCCCAAGAAGAGGUUCUCUCCCCUCUCCCUCCCAACAAUUCUCUGUCUGUCUGUCUGUCUCUCUCUCUCUCUCUCUCUCUCACUCAACAAUUCUCCGUGUCUGUCUGUCUGUCUCUCUCUCAACAAUUAUCCAUGUCUGUCCGUCAGUCUAUCUAUCUCUCUCUCUCUCUCGCUAAGGCUCGAUCUGUGUUGCUGUCUGGACAUGCUUUUCUUUUUAUAGGAAGGUAGGGGAGAAGACGGUGGUGACAGUGAGGGUGGAGACGGCCGCCGGGAAGAGCAGCAAGGGGGCGGAGGGUCCGCCUUCCGAUCUCUGGUCGUGGAGGAAGUACGGGCAGAAGCCCAUCAAGGGUUCACCCUACCCGAGGUGACCCACCUCGCCAAGACUCUAAAUUUCCACCUCCUUCCUCCUCAUCCUCAGAGAAAAAAAAAACCAUUCAAUCAUCUGAUCUGAUCUGGUCUGAUCCGAUCCGAUCCGAUCCGAUCCGAUCCCAUCUCUUUCUCGCUUUCAGAGGUUACUACAGGUGCAGCACUUCCAAGGGCUGCUCCGCGAAGAAGCAGGUGGAGAGGAGCCGCACGGACCCCUCCGUGCUCAUCAUAACCUACACCUCCGACCACAACCACCCCGGCCCGGCGGCGCCGCCGGGGAGCCCCGCCGGGGACGGCGGCGCCAAGGAGCUCGCCGGCGCCGGAGAGGGAGACCUGAACGCCGCCGCCCCGCCGCCGGAACGGACCGAAGGGGAAUUAGAGCAGAACAGGCUCCCUCUCAGCGAUGUCCACAAGGAGGGGAACUCUCCGGGCCCGGCGGCGGAGUCGCCGGAGGAGGAGGAGGACGACUUCUUCGACGAGCUGGAGGAGCUCCCCGUCGUCUCCUCCGCCGCCGCCGGCUGGGUCAGGAGCGGCGGUUCCUUCGACGAGAAGAUCGUCCUCCCCUUGCCUGUCCCCCUCCUCCAGGAUCAAUGA